AUGCAUUUACAUGUGGUCAAAGUACAACGUGGGUUGAAACGUUUUCUUUAUGCAACUACCGUUGUAACGCAAUGUGAGUAUCGUGAACUUAUGGUCUACUUACGAUAUUAUUGUACCAAGUUAAAACAUAGACUGUAUCAUGAAACAAAAUCUGUGAUUACAAGACAUUUUCUACGUUUAGGUGUGUAUCUUGAUCCUAGUGUGUUUGAAUUGAUCAUAUUUUUUCAUUCUUUGGAUACAACUUUAAUGGAUAGUGAAGGAUUGACUAUUAACCAUUGUAGAUAGCGUGUGACGAGCCUAUAUAUGUAGUAUUUGUACAUUUUUUUCUUUAGUAAGAACUAUGGCAUAUCAUACGGAUAAAUGGUAUGGGUUUCAUACGUUUACGAAUGAAACGAUACGAGAAACAUUUGAAAAUAAAAUAGAUGAGUACAUUACAGAGAAAAUUAUCCUUGAGCGCAUCGAUAUCUUUUUGAACCUGACAAUCGUGAUUUAACCAAUGUUAUGUAUUAUAUCGUGCAGUCCAAUGAUUGGUGUUUAAAAUCCAUGCAUACUCGACUAUGGACAUUGGCGGUUGGUUAUUUGAUAUGCAAAUUCCGUGGGUGUUUAGAAUUUUCAGACAUGAAUAAAAAGUAUUCUUAUUUAGAUAAAAUUACGAGUAUUGCACGGGAAGUCGAAUGGGCUAUUCGUCACAUUUUUUUGCUUGCAUUUCACAGUGAUGUGGAGCAUCUUCUUGCUGUGGACAAAGCGUCCUCUGUACCACCAGCAACUCUGACAGCACCACUACCACAACCCCCAGCAGCAUCAGCAACACCUGCAAUGCAGAAACCACCUCCCUCAGAAACCAAGAGCAAAGGAAAGAAGCCGACAAUGAAACACAGAAAACUGGAGAAUAUUGAGACAGUUCAGUGAUCAUCAGGUAUAUAAACAUGCACAAUUUCCUAAAGCUAUAGCAACAUUAACUGCGUUUAUGAAUCGAUAUUGUGUUUCAGCUGCUCGUUGUAUAGCUUUAUAUGAGCAACAAAUGCACUCUCUUACACCGUUUAACUAUGGUCCUUUAGUAGAAUAGCAGACAUAAUAAAAUAAUCAAGUUUAAAAAUGAUAAAGCGACAAUAGUAUAAUCAACCACAAAAAAAUGUGACAUUUGUCGAGUGGAAUGAUGAAUAAAGUUGUACUCUUUUUCUAGUGUCCCGAAUUGUCCAGAGCAAUUAAACAGCAAAAACUGAUGGUUCAAAACAUGUACCAAAGAAUGCAUUAUUUGCUCGAGUGUGAUAAUGAAGAUUACGAUCAUGUGAACAGCAUAUUAAAAGAACAUUAACUCAACUGUCUAUUCGUUGUAUUUUAGUGACUGUUAGAUGUAUGGAAGAAAAAGAAAAGAUGCAAAAGAACUAACUGAUGAACUUAUUAAAAAAGCCUCGCGCCUCUUAAAAGGUGAACAACUAACUAAGGAACAAACCGUAUUGUUUACACUCUAGAAAAUUGCAUAGAUAUAAACGUUUAAAAACACAUGUGAAUAAAUGUAAUACACAAUGGAGUAUUGAUUUAACAGAUCUAAAUGAUUUAUCACGUUACAAUAAUCAAUAUCGUUAUAUGCUUGUGUGUAUUGAUGUUUAUUCUCGGUACACAUUUGUAAAGUUAUUGAAAACAAAAUCCGCAGCGAAUGUACGGAAAAAAUUCGAGGAACUUCUCUUAGAACAUGGAGUUCCACAAAAAGUACAAAGUGACGAGGGCACAGAAUUUUCAUUGAUCAAACGUAAACUUGCUCCGCAAUACGGUUUUAAAGUAUUUCAUACGUACAAUCUAGAAAUGAAAGUAGUGCAUGCGGAACGUUUCACUCAAACAUUAAAACAAAUGGUUAAGCAUACAUUGACAAUGCUCGAGUUAGGUUUUCGCUACAUUCGUUUUCUACCUUUGAUCAUAGAACGUUACAAUGAAUCACCGCAUCGAGGUUUGUUCGAUGCUACACCGCACAACAUUGAUGUAAAGCGAAAACCCAUGAAUGAAUUUCGAUUAUUAAAAAGCAUGCUAAACGGGUUCGAAACCCACACGCAAUCUGUUACAUGUUGGCGAUACAGUUUGUCUAUCGCGUAUCAAGAAUAACGUGUUUGAAAAAUCCAGUUUGCAACGUUGGGUUGGUGAGAAAUUUAAAAUAAGCAAAGUGUUCAUUACCACCGAUCCAGUAACAUACGAACUGCAUGACGCGAAAGGUUCAAAGGAACAGGGAAUUUUUUAUGAUAUAAAAGAUAUGGAUAUUCACAUUGUAAGCAACACACGUAAUAAUGUGGGCGGUGAAAAUUUCAACAAUAGCUUUACGAUGCUGCUUCCUGAAUUGAUUGAUGCUGAGAACGAACGUAAAUACAUAUGUGUCCUAAGCAUAGAUAUCUUAUAUACACUAGAUAGUGCAUCUAAUUAUUCUGCAAUUCAAAAAUUGAAGCCGUGAUUGCAGUCUCAUGUCGUUCCCAUGAAAUGAGAAGAUUCGUAUGUUUUCUAUUUCUUAAACAGGGAACUUAAACAUUAAGUUAACCCUAUUCCAAAUACAUUUUUAAACUAUUCAAAUGAUGAAAGUUAUUGUUGUUUUUAAGCGUUUAUUGGCAAGUGGGAACGACCAACAUGGCCGCCAUCUAUUCAAAUGGGGGUAACCACUGGAAUAUUCUUGGCUUCAAUUUUACUAAAAGAGAUGCAUUAUCUAGUGUAUAUAAGAUAUCUAUGGUCCUAAGCAUUAGUUAUCCACAAAUGAUUGAGAAUGUUUUUGAGAACCAAUUCGGUAUACGUUUUAAAUACAAUUUUCUCUACAAUUCAUUAAGUUGGAAAUAUCGAUCAAAUAUGAUGUAUUUACCCGCCGGUCACUAUACUCUUGAAAAAAUAAUCGACACCCUGAAUGAAUACAUGAAUGAAUACGAUGUUUUCAUUUGUGAUAUUAAAGGGAGGUCGUGUUGGGGUAAAAUUUAAUCCAACAUUAAGAUAUAUAUACAAGUUUUCAACAAAUGGUGACGGUGUAACAUACCCAGGCGAAUUAACGGAGAAAGAUUUACAUAUAGCAAAGGACACGAUGGACAUUGAAAUGACCAAGAGUUUGAAAUAUAUGUUGGGUUUAACAGAAUGGGUUCUUCAUCCCACAGUCGAAACGAUUAAAAAGCAAUUAACACAAGUAGAUCCAUCUCUAUCCACAAUGCAAUGCAUCUUGUCCACGUCUGGACUUCAACCUGAACACUAUACAUUCCACGGGAAAUAUAUGCCCGAUAUAAGUAAUGGUGUAAAAGAGAUGUUUGUUUAUUGUGACGAGGUGGAACAUUCUGUUGUGGGUAAUGUUAAAGCAAUGUAUACCCAUUGUAACAGAGGAUCAAGGAAGUUCAUCAUUGUGUAAUUAUAGACCACCAGAAGUAACAUGAGGGUUAAUUAAAUGUAAAAUUACAGAUUUACAUAUAGGCAUAUACGAUACAAAUUUCACGCCAAUUCCCUUUUCUGCUGGUACUAUUACCAUCGAAGCUGUAAUAGAAUAAUGUUGAAACUAGAGUUUAUAAUACAAAAUAAAGAACUUAUUCCUACACAGUAUGACUAUUCCAUGGAUGAGAUUUUUAGGGAAAGCGGUUUACAGUUGAAAAAACGAUACUGCAGCCUAAGUUACUUUACGUGUGACUUUUCCGGUCAAUGGGAUUGUUGCACAUUAUGCUGCAGUAGAAAAUUAAAACUUAAUGAAAACGAUGUUGGUGUUACUAAUAAAGUAAAGGGUGGUGAAUUUUUACGACAUUGCUGCUUUGUACGUUCCUGGUACAAUAUCAAAAAAUGACCCACAAUAUGGUUGUUUUGAGAAGUGUAUGUUCGCAUACCUUGACCAGCACAAUCCCGAAAGAUUUUAUGAUAGAAAAAAAAGAAAAUUAUCGUCAUUUAUACUACAAAAAGAUAUCAGUGAUUUACGUGAUUUAGUUCACUUACAAUUGAUUUGGUGCGAUAACACAACAAGAUUUAGAGGUCAGAAAGGUAAAACAGCUAUAGUACAUUUUAAUAUUUUCGAUGUAGAAGAAAAUGAAUAAGUUGCGAGUACAGAUAACAGUGCAAAAUAAAGAAUUGGUUCCUACAAAAUAUGACUAUAUCAUGCGUGAGAAGCUAACUUUUAGAGAAAGCGGUUUACAAAUGAAAAAACGAUACUUCAACCUGGAUCAUAUUUGGACUAACUUUACCUCGGGUUACACAAACUUCACAUUAUACUGUAGUAGAAAAUUAACGCUUAAUGGAAAUUAUGUUAGUGUUACUAAUAAAGUAAAGGGUGGUGAAUUUUAUGACAUGAGUAGUUCUUUUCUGUACACACCUGGUGUAAUAGCAAAAAACGACCCACAAUACGGUUGUUUUGAGAAACAUAUGUUAACAUAAAAAGAAAAAAAAAAGAAAACCAAGAUCUAGCGUACGCCUUAUGAGCAAGUAUUUUCCGAGAUUACGAUCGCGUCGCAAACAGAAAGGCGGUGCCUUCGGUGCCAGAAUAGCUUUGGGUAUGAUGGCACCCAUGAUCAUGGGAACUGUAGGUAAAAUACUAAAAGUAAAUGUAAAUAAAUAAAUCGAUGUAAAAUCUAGUAUGAAAUAAAUAAAUAUGAAAUUUACUUGGUUUGUGUAUUUCUCUUUCGCUUAUAAAAAUGUUUACACACAUUUUAUUGGGUUAUUCAUUCGUCGUUCUUUCAAGAUGAGUAAACGUAAAUGUACAGAGAUGGAUGGGGAAGGGGUGGGGGAAGAGCCUGUAGAAAAGCACAAUGGUAGUUUUAUGACACCUAUGGCUAUGUUCCCCACAUUUCCUCAUAAUAUUACGUUUGAAGAAUUACGAGAAUUAAAUAUCAAUGCCACACCCGUGAACAAUGAGGCAGACAUACGUACACAUGCAUGCAUAAUCGACAAGAAUACGGUGUGUUGAUAACAGAAGAUGCCACCAUCUCGGCAACAUUACACCUUGUUGCUGCUGCAGAUGGUGCGGGUUUGGCUGCCGAUCAGAUUGUUCCUAUAGCAUUUCCCCUUAAAUUGGGUGGAAAACCAAAGAAGUGUAUGUGAAUAAUGACCUCGUCAAUCCCACUACCACACAUGAAAAUUAAUUAGAAUAUGUAAAUCAUCUUCUCACACAAACACCGUCAGGCUAUCAAGAUAAGAAUGGCAUCACCAUGGUAUACCACGACACCCCUGGUCAUUUUGACAGCCGUGUCAAUAUACAUGAUGCUGGUCUUGUCAAUAAGGGUGCACGUAAACGUUGGGUAGCAUUUAGUCAGAGUGCUGAAGUACUAUGUAUGGAUCAUUUGGAUUUAUUGGGGCAUAAUAAACAUUAUGUUCCAUCAACCUAUGAAAUGAAAGUAGUACUUCAUCGUUUGGAGAAAACCAAAAUGCUUUUUGGUACACGACAACAUUGUGAGGGUGCCAAGUUGUUAAUUAAAGAUUUGAAAUUAACCAUACCCAUGAUGAAACCCUUGCAGCAAUUGUCCGAGGCGAUCAAUGAGAUAAUGAUUCACAAAGGUGAAGAAUGUAAAUUCUAUACCACGCAUUAUCGACUGGUGGCAAAACCGUUGGCUAUUGGUUCGCAGUAUGUACAAUUUAGUGAUAUAUUCAACGGGGCUCGACCCACACACUUGAUUUGUUAUCAGAAAUCGCAAACGCGUUACAAUGGUAGUCAGCACAAUACCAACCAAUUGAUUUUCCCCGGAAUUAAUCAUUUUGUGGUGAAAAUCAACAAAGCUAAUGUUGUACCUACGAUCACCAAUACCAGAGAGUCGUAUAUGAAUUUGGUACGCGUUUUGAAUUGUCGUCACAGUGAGAUGCCAUUUGGUUUUGAGCAUUACGAAGAUAGUUAUGGUUUGAUUGUGAUGGAUUUGUCUACAAACAAAGACAGUUACAAUCAGAUGUUACCGUAUUCAACUGCGGCUGUGGUGAGUGUUGAAAUGAAACAUACACAAGCUCUGGCUGCUGCACAACAGGUGAUUUUCAUUGGAGAAUUCCGUAAUCAAUUGUUGAUUGGUUACAAAACUGCCGCACAUAAGAUGUAUGAUUUCUAAACUUUAUUUAUUAAUCUCUCAUAAAAAUAUUGAGUACCAUUAGUCAUUAUGCCGGCAAAGCAAACAUGGCAGUGUUGUACUAAAAUGGACAAGAAAAAAAAUCGAAUACACUUUUACGACCAUCCGACGGUAAAGUUAUCAGUUUGUAUGGUCAAUCCAUACAAACAGUUCACAUCCAUCCUGUAAUAUCAAAAUAUGGCUGAACAACAACAACAACAAAUGAAAAAAGAAGAAAAAAAAAUUCGUUCAAAUGAAUAUGAACGAUAGAUCACGACAUCUUACUAAGACUGUCACAAAAAAUCUACUUCAUUUGCUUGAUUUUGUUGUGAAGGGAAAACUUCCGAUUGAUAUAUCAGUAGACAACAAACGUUUCAUGCGACAUUUGCUCGACAAACAUACACCACAAGAGGACAUGGCUGUAGCAUUAGUAGAGGAUUUUCGCACACAUGCUAUUCUAAAAGACAUAAUUGAUCUUAUUGAAAAGAAUGAGCGAAGCAGUAAAACAACUACAACUUGUUGACUCCAAACGUUUUAAUCGUCUUAUUGCAGCGUUGCAACAAUCCGUAGAACAUAAAAAUAUUGUAGAGCAAGCGACAACGUCGCGUGAAGAACAAGAUUAUGUAAGAAGUUAUCAUGAUGUAAUGCAAAGUGUAAAAAAUAAAAGUCCAUUAGCUGGAACAGACAUUGUGAAUUUUAUGAAUAAAAAAGGAAAACUAAAAGAGACUAUUGCAACACAAGCACAUCUUCCUAAACCUCCCGACAGCGAUAAGCCCAACAACCCCAACACACCCGCUGGUUGUGCAGGUACACCUAGAUGACAAUUACGUCCCGAAGCAUCUGUGGAAGGCUCAAAAGCUAAAAUAGAAGCUUUUUUUUUAAAGAGAAAGGUGCAAAAAAAGUGAUUCGGGUGGGUUAGAAUACAAGGGAAGUAAAAUAGCUGUGCCCUAUGAUGAUUUCAUUUUUUAUCUUACACAUGAUUUAAAAAAGACAGCGCCGAGUUUAACCGAAAGAGAAACACAUAUGGGUUUAAAAACUCUGAAAAAACUGGGUAUGUCUACCUCACAUAUUCGUAGUGCACGAUUGCGAAAUGCUUACACCGCAAUGAGACAAGCCGGUAACAGCAGUAGUGGUAGUGAAAGUGUUGUCACAAUCCCACAAACGUCACGAAUUCCCGUACGUUCAACACCCUAUAAUACUCCACGUAGUCAUCAAACUUCCUGAAGUCUACCGCAAAUUGUACAAAGACGUGAUCGGUGGGGCUAUGCAGAUCGUUUAAAUCGUCGUUCUUUAGAGAUCGUCAAUUAGACGUUCUGUUGCAAUGAAUAUAUUAACUUGUUUUAUCAGUAAAUUUUUGGGCACUCAUCAUUUGGAUAAUUUGGCAGGAAAAAAUGAUGUCAUUACUCCCUAUUAUCUGGGCUGUUACCCAGCAGAUGUUCCUCCUAGCAAUGUUCGUAAACAUUGUUGUUGGAUAUGGAAUGUGGAUGAAUCUCAUAAAUCGGGUUCACAUUGGGUGGGCAUGGUAAAAAGAGACAAACGUAUCAUAUUCUUUGAUAGUUACGGUAAAACACCUACUUUUUUAAACGUGAUUAUUGGGUGAAUUAUUUUAAGCAAUUGGGAUGUAAAACUACAAUGUACUCUCAAGUACAACGUCAAUCACACAUCAGUCGAACGUGUGGAGCCUGGUGUUUACUCUUCUUAUACAAACAAUGAAGUGAACAUAAAGUGAUACGAAAUUUGUUACAUGAAGAUCUUAUGGACAAUGAACGAGAAAUUCCGAUAUACGUAAAAUUUAUGCUAAAACAUGUCGUAAGGCUAAAGGGAAAAUUUGUAAAACUUUCUUAGAUAUAUAUGGACCACUGUAAAAAAACCCACUUUUUUGUAAAAAAAUUAUUUUUUUCUCAAAUAAAAUUUACACAUUUCGCCCACAAUCAUAGAUUAUCGUUUUGUCGGUCAGGAAUAUGCCCGUACGAAGACAUGUAUUACAAUAGCUACGGGGUGAACUGUCAAAUAAAAUAUAACCGUAGCGAUUCUUUCCGACAUCGUUUAUAAUACUAUGAAUUUUACAUAAUUUGAUUUUCUUAUUUGAAGCAACUGUUUCUAUAUCUCUACAAUCCGAAAGAUUAUUGAAUAUCAGAUGAUAUUGACUGUUCACACAUGCAUUUCAUAAUUUUCCAUUUCUGAAAUUUAAGUUCUGACAUACAAAGAUAACCGAAGUGUUUGUAUGGUGGCUGUCUCACGAGGCUAUAUCAUUUAAAUUCUCGGUGUUCUUUGAACUUGAGGCCGCAAUCACCAUCAAAUCAUCCAACACUAAAAGUGUUGCUUCGCCUAACAUAUUCUUCAAUUCACUUAUAGAGGAUAUACCCUGAUUGCAAUCGACAAACUCGUAUGUUUUCAGUUUUGAUGUUUCAGCAUUGUCUCGUUUGAUCUGUUUUAUGUCAUCGUAUUUUCUGUGUGCGUUAAAUGUAAAAGGCUAGGUCCCUUGAUGGUGUUUUAAGUUGUUGUUAGUUGUCUCUUGCACCGAUUGUAUUUUGUCUUAAAUUAGUUCGUUUCGACUGUUAAAGUUAUUGUAAACAUAAAGUUAAUUAUGGGGUCGCCGUAAUUGGGGAAACCUGUGGCGAACUCCCUGGCGUUAUAUUAGCCGAAUCUCAUUAAAUCAUUAAAUCAUUUUGAUUGUUAUGCACUGUACAAGUACAGUAGUUUGUCAGGUGUCGGUACAAUAACCUCAUCAAUAUACUUUAUGAUUUUUGUUAUCAAUUUGGUUUUUCCGCAUUGUGUUGGUCCACACAUAGUAAGCAUGAACGGAUGAUGAAACGGUAAUGUAGCUUGUCCCACAGCUCUUGCCUGUGAAAACAAAAAAAAACGAAACUUACGACGUGUACCCGUAUGGUACAGUGCUAAAAUUGUCACAUACUACACGUUUGUCAAAAGUAAAACGGAAUUUUUGCUUAUUGUGUUCCACGGCUAUUGUUUGCAUGUUACACCGCACAAAUUCACGAUAUGUAAUUUCAAUUUCUUGCUAUUUAUUUCAUACACAGGAUUCAAUCGAACCAAAAGUUAUUUUUUCCUCUGCAUCCCCCUUCAACGUAAAACCCUUAACAUGGGUGAUCUCAUUUUGUUUCCGUGCUGCCAUCCUUUAAUGUCUUAACAUAUUCGUUGGUACGAUACGAAUAGGAUUUGGGACCCGUAGCACAGAAUUGCUCUAUCCAUUUUUCGCUACAACCCUUUUUCGCUUAAUUUGUCCGUCAUUUGACCCAAAUACUUACCCGUUUCUAUAUGUGACGUCACCUCUACACUAUGAUCAUUGACAAGGGUUAGUAAUUAUUCUUCUAAUGAAUCUAUGAAUGAAACAAUGGUUGUGUCUUCGUUUUGUGCCAAUUUACCCCAUAGUGAAUUUAAUAAUGCUUUCAUAACUGUUCUCUGACCGGGAUUGUGACUUAUAUUGGCGCAAUCCAAGUAAAUUUGUUCAUGCUCGGCAUAUUCAUCUAUGUAUUUACGUAGUUUCACUUCAUCUAUCUCGCCAUUAUACUGAAGACAAUUUUUUGGCACACCGCUACUUUCUUGUUUUAAUUUCAUAAACAUAUCAAUGUAUAGAUCAAAGAUUUUCUUACUAUUUGGAAAAUGAUAGAUUUCAUAAAUCACAAGCAUUUUAUAGCCGUGUUCUAAUGCCUUGUGUACUUCUACACUUGUCCAUGUUCCGUAAAGUGCGCGUUGUUCAUCGUCGUGUGUACAUUGUUUGCAUUGUUGUUCGGCACACAUGGUACACAACGGUAAUUUACUAGUAUGAACCGGUAAAACAGGAAAUAACAUUUUUUGGCGGUAAGAUUUUACAUUUGAUUAAGCCGAAAUUUUUAUACACAUCCAAUUCGGCACAUUUGUUAACGCCACGGUAAUCUCAAGAUGUUUAAUUCGAUAACGAUAUUUCUUCUGAACAUACGGAUAGAGAGAGGUAAAAUCUAUGUAAUGAGCUUUUGCCAUUAAAGAUUCAUGAUAUAGUUUUGCAGGCGACGUUCGACCACCAACAAUGCGUUGCGUGGAUUGGGAUUUAAAUAAACAAAGUAUUUGCUAUGAUGUAAUUGCAUAAUCAAGUUUCGUGUUACUUUCCCUUCACUCAUAAAAUCAAAUUCCCAUUUCCCAUUAACGCGAUAGCCGUUGUCUUCAAAAAGCUGCAUUGUACGACGAGUUCGUUCACAUAGAACAUAAAAUUUCUCACCAUUUACUUUAUUAAGAUCGUCGCCAUCAAAACAUAUUUGUUUGUUCACAGUAGCCGUCGACAAAGCGAUUUAAAAUGUUCACCUCACCUUCGGGCGAUAAUUUACUUCUGAAUGUAAAGCCAUCCUCUUCAAGUUCUAUUUCGAGCUGACCUGGCCAACACAAAGCUGUGACACUUUGAUUAAUAUUUCCACCGUAACCUUCGGCGGGAAUCUGCCCAAUUGUAUUCUCUGUUAAAAAAUUAUUACGGUAGAUUUUUAACGCAAGACUGGCAAUAGUAUGACACGUUCAUAAUAUUUUUGAUAAGUUUUGCAAAUUUCACACAACCCUGUCUUAAAAUAUCAACAUCUAAUCUACAAUAAUAAAUUGCAUCGCGAAACACAUACGUAUGCUUCUGUUGUUCCACAUACCACUUGUCAAAUUUCUAGUGCCCUCACUUGGUGGUGGGUCAAAAUACUCUAUACUUAUCAUGGGACCCACAUAUUUGAGAUCGGUGAAAUGAUAGGGGUGAUAACCCUUGGCUAAAUCUGGAAUACCCAUUGCCUCUGGAAUUUUACUCAAACGCAUCGCUAAAAAUAAAUAACUAUCGAUAAUUUUAAUUCUAGUUUGUUGUUCAAUUUCCAUGCACAUUAUCUUGUUACCAUUCAUGAUAAGUUUGGGUAAUAAUAUUGUGUUUUGUAAGCAACUCCCGUAAUAGAAAAACUAGGCUGAGAAAGGCUGUCUCCAGGCUGAGAAAGCAUAAAAUCUAAUAAACUAUCAACAAUGUUUCCAUUGUUCUGCUCAAACAAUAUUGACGAUAACCACAACACGGUACACUUUUUACGCUAAUAUCGCAACAACUAUUUGUGGCGUGUGCAACAAAACCCACCUCUGAUUUCUGAAAAGCUUUCUCGUCACAUGCACUACAAACUUUUUGCACAACACAAUAGAAGGGUUGCAUGUAUCCUUUGUCAUCAACACGCGUUUCAAAAUCAUAAAAAUAAAGUGUAGGCAAUGUGGACGUUUUUGGAAUUUUACACGUUUUCAAGUAACACAAAUGACUUCUGUCCAUUAUACUAUUACAAUGGGUUAGAUGGAAAACACGGAGUCGGAGUUCCGGAGUCGGAGUCCCGGAGUCUGACGUCAUAAAAAUAUGGAAAACACGGAGUCAUAUGGAAAACACGGAGUCUGAUGUCAUAAAAAAUAUGGAAAACACAGAGUCAUAUGGAAAACAUGGAGUCUGACGUCAUAAAAAAUAUGGAAAACACGGAAUCAUAUGGAAAACAGAGUCCACCAUAAAAUAUGGAAAACACAGAGUCUGAUGUCAGAGAAAAAUAUGGAAAACACGGAGUCUGACGUAUUGUCAGCGUGAAAUAUGGAAAAUAGUAUUAAAUAAUAUAAUUUAUGCGAAUAUAAACAAAUGGACGAAUUAAUAUAACAAAUUAGAAAUUUUCUGGACUAAUUCUGGUUAUUUCUUCUUUCUAUAUGGAUUGUUUUUAAAUACAAUCAAGCAAAUAAUGUUGUUUCUCUUGUCAUGUGACUUGUUCAGUUGUACAAUCAGUUGUACAUCAUCCCAAAUCAUCUUGUUCAGUUGUACAUCAUCCCAAAUUGCUCCUUCACUCUGCGCUCUAAAUAAAUAAACAAUAUUUGAAGUGAUUUUAAUGCGGAUUUUGUUCACCUCCUAUGGUAUGUUGAUAAAAAUAUAGUUUAUAUGCUGCUAGAAUAUUUCAUAGUCGAUUUACAUGUAAUAUUAACACACAAAAUCUUGACACAAAACAGAUAUGCUGCUUGGAAACAGCAUGCAAUAUUGGCCCGAUUUAUACUAGAGACGGAUCAUCCGUCAAGACGAAUCAUCCGUCUGACGGAUGAUCUGUCUAAGUAUAAACACAAGACGAACUAUGUAGACGAACUAUGUAGACGAAUUUGCCAGACGAAAUAGAAUCGCGUGAUCACAACUGCAUGGGAAGUUGGGAACGAACAUGCUUGGCAGAAAAAUCAAUAUGGCGGCAGAAAUGUGAUUAGUGAAGCAUUUAUCUGGGAAAAGAAAAGCAAAUGAAGAAAGACUAUUUAUGUGGCAAAAAGAGUGUGACACAUGAGCAAAGCGCCGUUUUAAUGAUGAAUUGACUGACAAGAUGGAACUAGCACAAGCCGCAGCAUUAUCUGUUAUUUUACUAACUAGAAAACCGAGGAAGGACAGGGGUUGUGACGAACACAGGAGCAGUAGUUGGUGGUCUGAAGGCUAUCGAACCUGGGAUGAUGUGGCAUUCAAGAAGCGUUUGAGAGUGUCUCGUGCGACAUUUGAUUUCAUUCUGAACGAAAUUUCCGACCAAAUUGUUAAACAACCAACUCGAAUGAAACCCCAUCCAACUUCCCCUGCUACUCAGUUGGCAAUAUGUUUGUAUCGGUUGGCUCAUGGUGUUACCUAUCUAACAGUGGGAGAUUUGUUUGGUGUUGCGGCUCCAACUGCUUUUUGCAUAUUCAUGGACGUUUGCAAAGUGUUGGUGAAUACUUUGUAUGACAGAUUCAUUUAUAUGCCAAGAACAACAGAGGAAUGGACCCAGGAACUCAAAGGAUUCCUAGAAAAUUGGGAGUUCCCAUGUGUUGGAGCAUGGGAUGGUUUUCACGUGUAUGUUUCUACUACAUUGAAAAUUUUUUAUAGUUAUAAGAAGCGGUACUCUGUCACAAAUAUGGGGUUUAUAGGAUAUAACAAAAGGUUUAUGUUUUCUGCAGUUGGUGCACCUGGCUCAACCCAUGAUUCCAGGCUUCUACAGAAUUAUAACAUAUACUCUGAAAUUUAACGUGGUAAUGUGCUGCCAAAGAAUUCACUGAACCUACAUCCCCAAGGCAAAAUACCACUUGCAACUGUUGGCGAUUCAGCCUUUCCGUCCCACCCAUGGUUGCUGAAACCAUACAAAGAAGGAAUGCGAGAGCCCCAAAAGAGGUACUUCAACAGGAGGCUUUGCUCUGCUCGGGUUGUGUCUGAGCAUGCAUAUGGGAUGCUGAAAGGGAGAUGGCGUAUCUUAUACAAGAAGACAGAAUGUCAUUUGGACAAUAUUCAAAUAGUAAUCAUGACUUGCAUUUUGCUACAUAACAUUUGUGUUCACAGGAAUGAUCCAUGUAAGCCUAGAUGGCGACUCGAAGUAAACCAGCUCAAUCUUAGGGGCUGUUUAUAUGGAAGCGAGCCAGCCCGGGUACCCGAGCUGGCUCGCUUCCCCGAGAUGAAUUUCACCACGCGUUUACAUGAAACUUUUGGGGCGGGCUGACUUGUGAAAACAAAUACAAAUUUUCGCGGGAAAGUUAAAUGCAAAAUGGCGGGUUUCAAAAUUGUUGCAUUAAUAGCUUCAGUGACGGCCCAAAUUGGAGCUUUUACUGCCCUUCUUUUGCAACUAUAUGGCCUUAUUCUCUUGUGGAAAAUUCACGAGAAACAAAAGAAGAAUACGAUGUUGAUAGCGCUUCAAAAUCGGCGCAGUUAUUUCUUGAGAAAGCUAAAGGUACUAAGGCAACGAAGGUUAAGACGACGUAAUAGAAGUUGUUGGUUUAAACCUGGCAGAUCAGAUCAAUGGUGGAUAAAGAUGAUAAAUGGCGAAGCACCUGAUGAAUUCUGGAUGAAGAAUUUCCGCAUGACCAAAGAAUCGUUUCUAGAACUUGAGACUGAGCUUAAACCUUACAUUUCACCCGAUCCCAGUUCACCUAACCACAGAGCACUAGAUAGUGCAAAGAAACUGGCUGUUACAUUGUACUAUUUGAAAGACACUGGCUCCCUCAUUAUGACAGCAAAUGCUUUCGGUAUAGCUGUCUGUACAGUUUCUGGUGUUGUAGUUGAGGUUUCCAAUGUGAUUUCAAAAGUACCUGGGCCGAAGUAUUUGCACUUACCUGUAGAUGAGAAUGAAAUGAGGAAAAAGGUCUGUGAGUUCGAGACAAAAUUUGGCAUUGUACAGGCCUUUGGAUGCAUAGAUGGAACACAUGUUCCUAUCCUUCGACCACUAAAGGAUCCACAAGAUUACUUUUGCUACAAAAUGUUCUAUUCAUUAAAUGUACAGGCUGUGUGUGAUUAUAGAGGCAUAUUUAUGGAUGUUGAAUGCAGGUGGCCAGGAAGUGUGCAUGAUGCAAAAGUUUUUGCAAAUUCCUCUAUUAAUCAGAAAUUAGUUUCUGGCCAAAUUCCAAUGAUACAACUGUCUGUUUUCCCAGGCUCAGAAAAAAUACCAAACUAUGUAA